AUGGCCAAUCAUCAAGCGUAUCUGGACUGGAUGUAUCUGUGGAUUCUCUCAUGCUAUGCCGGUCAUUCGAGGGGGAUCACCAUCCUGCUGAAAGCAAGUUUGAAGAAUAUACCGGUGAUUGGGUGGGGAAUGAUCAUGGGCGGCGGAUCGAGACAAUCUCACCCUUGCGCUCACUCAACUUGGACAUCAAGCGCAAUCUGGAGAAGAGGAUCAUUCGGAAACUUCAGGGUUGCUUCAACCCAAGAUGCGUUCUCCUAUAUGGUUGCUCAUAUUCCCGGAAGGAACCAUUGCUACCCAGGUGUACCAUAUGGGAAAUACCCUCAAGAUUGGUGA